AUGUCAAGCAAAUUCCACUUCUCCAUCGACCGCCACACGGGCGUACCCAAAGAUGAGGACCAUUUCAGCAAGGGAGAGCCCUCCGAGAAUGAAACCCGUUCCCAAGCCCACCGAGAGUUCCGCAGCGAAAAAGGCCACCUCCCGCACGCCGGGCUCAACCCCAGCCGCUCCUCGACGGGCGUGAUCUGGGUCACGGACCGAGCAGGCGAGCACGGGUUCCUCGAGAACCCCCAGGAGUGGGCGAACCUGGGCCAGGGAGCCCCCGACGUGGAGGACGACAUCGCGGGCUGCUUCCAGCGCCCGACGUCGGUGGACGUGGCCGUGUCGUCGAGGGAAUACGCGCCCGUGGCUGGUAUCCGGCCGCUGCGGGAGGCGGUGGCCCGGCUCUACAACGAGGAGCAUCGAAAGGGGAAAGAGAGCCAGUACACGUGGGAGAAUGUGGCCAUCGUGCCGGGGGGCGGGCGGGGUUGA